AUGUCCCGAGAAACCACAGCCCUGGUGCUCAGAGAGGUCAACGGCCCCUUUACUCUAGAGACGAUAAAAGUGAAUCCGUUGAAGCCAGAUGAGGCACUUGUCGAGAUCCAAGCCACAGGCUUAUGUCAUACUGAUUUAUCAUGUGCGACUGGAGCCCUACCGGCUCAGACGCCAGCCGUAUUUGGACAUGAAGGAGGCGGAGUUGUAGUGGAAACAGGGGCUGAAGUGGACGAGGCAAGCGUGGGCGACAAAGUCCUUCUCAGCUAUGCAUUCUGCAAUAACUGCAAACAAUGCACAUCUGGACGAGCUCCUUAUUGUGACCUGAUGAUGCAACUCAACUUUGGCGGCGUCCGCGCCGACGGGACAUCGGGCCUCGCUCUCGGGGACGGGGCACCUCUCCGAGCACAUUUCUUCGGCCAGAGCUCCUUUUCUAGACUUGCCGUUGUGCAUCGCAAGAGCCUGGUCAAGGUUCCACAAGAUACCCCUCUUGAACUCUUUGCUCCACUGGGGUGCGGCUUGCAGACGGGCGCAGGGUCAAUCCUCAACACACUCAACGUACAGGAAGGGAGUACUGUAGCUAUUUUCGGGGUGGGUUCAGUUGGAUUGAGUGCGGUAAUGGCAGCCCGCAUACGUAAAGCAAAAGAAAUCAUUGCAGUUGAUAUUCAGCCAUCUCGCUUGGAGUUGGCGCGCGAACUAGGUGCUACGAAAACAAUCAACAGUACCGAGGUGGAUGAUGUCUUGCAAGAAAUCCGGAAGAUCUGCCCUCCUUCCGGUGUAGAUUAUGCAUUGGACUGUUCUGGAAUAAUAAAGGUUAUCGAAACAAUGGUCGAUUCUCUUGCUCCUUGUGGGCGUGCAUGUUCGGCUGGCGCGCCAGCGCCGGGUAAACGAGCCUCGAUUGAUGUCUUUAGUCAUCUCGUGAUGGGUAAGGAAUACGUGGGCUGCCACCAGGGGGGGUCAAUUGCGAAAGAGAUGAUACCCUAUCUAAUAGAACAGCACAACCAGCAAAAGUAUCCGCUUGAGAAAAUCAUCAAGACAUAUGAUAUUAAUGACUUCGACCGUGCCAUUAAGGAUGCCAAGGAUGGGGUCACUAUCAAGGCAGUGCUCAGGUGGACGUGA